UCUUUCUUGAAACUUUUCGUAGAAAAAUCUCUCUCAACAAAAGCCCGUCUUAUUAAGCAAACAACAAACAAAAAAAAGUCACGAAUUCGAAACUUCCUCGUCUUUGUUACCAUUGAAACAUUUCAUUUUUUUAUCCGUUUGAUUUCUCGCUCUUCACAAAAUCUACUCGCCGGAUUCUGAUUCCUAAUUCUCCGAGCUUCACGUAUCAUAGUUUCAGGAAGAGGGCAUCAUAUAGUUGUUGGUGCAAUCAAUUCACAAUUUUUUUCCCCCGACGACUUUUUUUUAUUUUGGAUGAUGAUGUGUUGAACACUCCAGGUUUUGGGGUGAUUUUUUAGUUUUUUGAUUCUAGGAGUUUGUGGAUUUAAUGGUAGAGGAAGGUAUCUUGUGUUUCUUCAAUGAAUCUGAAGGACCUCUCGUUUAUGUGAAGACAAGAUUGUUGUUGGAGAUUACUACUACUCAUCUCAUUCGUCUUCAAGGGUUUGCUUGAUUCGAACUUUUUAAGUGUUUUUGAGGGCGUUCUAGCUAGUAACCAUGGAUGGAGAGGCUACUUCUUGGAUUAGGAGAGCUAACUUCUCUCAUACUGUUUGUUAUCGUAUGAUAAGUUUAGAAUCAAAUCCAGAUAGGAUUUCUGGAUUGAAAAGAAUGCCUCUGAGUUCACCUUCUGAUUUGAAAUCACUUGUUGGUGGUGGUGGUACUGAGAUACAGAGGAAUCCACUCACUAAUAAGAAGAGGUCUGUUUCUCCUUCGCCUCAUAUGGCUCUUUCUCAUUCUUUUCAGGAAGCCAAGUCUGAUAUUAAGAGGUUUUCUACUCCACAUCCUAUAAGAAUGCAAUCAGAAAAGGGAACUAAUAAGGCCAAGGAUUCCUCUGAGAACAAGUCGUUUAAUCUACGGCCUCUGUCACACUCGGGUCCUAUUAGGGAUCUUAGUACGCUGAAAAUUCAAGACAGGGCAAAGAGCAAGAUAGACAAGAGGUCUUCAAAGUCUGUUGACUACAGAGGCUCUAAAGUUAGUUCUGCAGGAGUGCUUGAAGAGUACCUCAUUGAUGCGUCUAAGGUUUCUUAUGGGGACAGGUUUACUCACGGGGUAUAUAGCCAGCUUUACCAUGGAGAAUAUGAAGGCAAAGCUGUUGCUCUCAAGAUUAUCACAGCGCCUGACAAUAGCGACGACAGGUUCUUGGCAGCUCGUUUGGAGAAACAGUUUACCAUGGAAGCCACACUUUUAUCUCGACUAAGCCAUCCGAACGUCGUUAAGUUUGUGGGAGUCAGUACUGGAAACUGUAUCAUCACAGAGUAUGUACCUCGAGGGUCAUUAAGAUCAUAUCUGCACAAGCUGGAGCAUAAAUCUCGUCCUUUGCAACAGCUAAUCGAGUUUGGUCUAGAUAUUGCGAGAGGAAUGGAGUAUGUUCACUCAAGAGAGAUAGUUCAUCGGGAUCUCAAACCAGAGAACGUGUUGAUCGAAAACGACUUUCACUUGAAGAUCGCUGACUUUGGCAUAGCGUGCGAGGAGGAGUACUGUGAUGUAUUGGGUGAUAAUACUGGAACUUAUAGGUGGAUGGCACCUGAAGUGAUAAGACGGAUACCACAUGGAAGGAAGUGUGAUGUUUAUAGUUUUGGACUUAUUUUAUGGGAAAUGGUAGCUGGAGCUGUUCCAUAUGAGGAGAUGACUCCUUUCCAAGCUGCUUUCGCAGUCAUGCACAAGAAUAUUAGGCCGGUGAUACCAAAAGAUUGUCCAACGGCUAUGAAAGAGCUGAUCGAGCUAUGUUGGUCGUUGCAAACAAACAAGAGACCAGAAUUUUGGCAGAUUGUCAAAGUGUUGGAACAGUUUAAAAAGUCUCUGACAAAGGAAAGAAGACUCAAUCUUUUGCCGAGCCAGAUCUGUCCAGAACUAAAGAAAGGUCCUAAAUUCUGGAUUCAUAAAUUGGCAUCAAUCCAUCAUCACCACAGCGGUGGUGGCGGCAGCAGCACCAGCACCUUAGGCUCAGCCUUACCUAAGCCUAAAUUCGCUUGAAAGACUCUGUGAGUGACUCUCAUUUUUUUUGGUGAAUAGGAAAAAAGAGCCAGUGGUUAUGUUUUUGUUUAUAAUCAACUGUCUCCAUUAAACAGAGCUCUUGUUUUAUGGGUUGGCUUUGUUUUUGUUAAGUCAUCUCUUUUUUUUUUUUUCUUGAAAUUGAUUCGUUUUGUUUGGAAUAAACAAAGGCUUUAAUAAGAUUUGAUAAAGAUAGUCUUAAAAAAGAUUGAAGCAAAGAGAUAGAUAUUACAAUCAUGCCCACAAAGUGCUCGACGAAAUAACCCUAAAUUUAAAAACUAAGACACAUACGCUUCUUCAGACGCCGGUAGAACCAAAACCACCUUCACCAC